AUGGGCCGCAGCGUCUCCGGUCGAGUGCGCCCUGCGGCGCAGGGGGCGGGCGCCUUCGAGGAGGAGGAGCCCUCGCUUUUCUUACCUCAGGGCCCUGAUUUUUUCGGCGCGGAUCCGCCCAGGAUUCCUUCUUCCCAUUGGGCCCCGGGCUGGCGCGCCCUCGACUUGCAGUGUGCAGCCCGCGACGACUGGCGCUGUGCGCGCUCCAUGCACGAGUUCUCAGCCAAGGACAUCGACGGGCACAUGGUUAACCUGGACAAGUAUCGGGGCUUCGUGUGCAUCGUCACCAACGUGGCCUCCCAAUGAGGCAAAACGGCCGUAAACUACACUCAGCUCGUCGACCUGCACGCCCGAUACGCUGAGUGCGGUUUACGCAUCCUGGCCUUCCCCUGCAACCAGUUCGGGAGGCAGGAGCCAGGGUCUAACGCGGAGAUCAAAGAGUUCGCCGCGGGCUACAACGUCAAAUUCGAUAUGUUCAGCAAGAUCUGCGUGAACGGGGACGACGCGCACCCGCUGUGGAAGUGGAUGAAGGCUCAGCCUAAGGGGAGGGGCAUGCUGGGAAACGCCAUCAAGUGGAACUUCACCAAGUUCCUGAUCGACAAGAACGGCUGCGUGGUGAAGCGCUACGGCCCCAUGGAGGAGCCCCUGGUGAUAGAGAAGGACCUGCCCUGCUACCUUUAGCUCCACAAGCGCGUCCCCCGCCCGAGCCCACCGCCCGCGCCCCUCAGAGCCUUCCACCCGGCACCCAUGACGGUCGGCCUGAAAACCAGCGCGCUGGUGGGGCCGGCCCGAGAACCCGGCGUGCACCCCCGCCGGAGGAAGGUCCCUCGGCCGGGCUCGGCUGCGGCUCGGCGCCCCCACCCGUCUUGUGGGAAUAAAACAUACAGAUUGG